GUCAUCAACCAAUCACCUGGGCCGCCGCAGAGCAGAAGCCAUGUUGCAACUUUUCCUGAAGUCCGUCCAAGUUUUGUGAAGCAGCUGAGUGUUAAAUCCGCGAGCUUCCACUCAGGUGUAGCGAUAUUUCCACUCCGUGACGUGAACCUGAAAUGAACCCAGCCAGUUUUCUCGUCGCAGUGCGGAGAUGCACGCAGACCUUCAGACGACCUUUUCCCUCAUCCAUAGUUCAGUGCUGCCUACAGUCCACACAGCCUGUCCCUGCAGCCCGGCUGCCCUACAGAGUGAAGGUGUCUGCUGGGAAACGCUAUGCCUGGUGUGCUUGUGGACACAGUAAGAAACAGCCUUUCUGUGACGGGGCUCACAAGUCAAAAGCUCCGAGUAUCGCUCCUCUACGCUUCACCCCGGACAAAGACAGGACGGUCUCGCUGUGUGCCUGUAAACAAACCAAAAACGCUCCGUACUGUGACGGCUCACACUUUAAGGUCAUCUUCCAGGAUAUAGUGAAGUCAGUGAAAGGCGUCUUUAAAUGAACAGAAUUCAACAUGUCUGCUUGUGGAGGCCACGGAGCAGUGACUGCAAGAGAAAUUAAACCAGUAUCUUUAUCUUGUCAGCUGUGAUGUGAUGUCCUGCAUUAGUUGUCCUUUUCAAACUUGUUAGUUUUUUGUUUGUAUACAAAUGCAUAACCCAUUAAAAUAUGCUUGAUAAAAAA